GCGGGAAUCCUGAGCCCGCCUCUUCCCCACCCCUCUGUUUCUCGCCAUGGCCCCUGCACUGCUCCUGGUCUCUGCUGCCCUCGCCUCUUUCAUCCUGGCCUUUGGCACCGGAGUGGAGUUCGUGCGCUUUACCUCCCUUCAGCCUCUUCUUGGAGGGAUUCCGGAGUCUGGUCGUCCAGAUGCCUACCAGGGAUGGCUGGCUGCCUUUCAGGACCGCAGCAUUCUUGCUCCUCUGGCUUGGGAUCUGGGGCUCCUGUUACUAUUUGUGGGGCAGCACAGCCUCAUGGCAACUGAGACAAUGAAGGUGUGGAUGUCCCAGUGCUUUGGGGUUCUUCAGAGGUCGCUGUACGUGGCAUGCACUGCCCUGGCCUUGCAGCUAGUGAUGCGAUGCUGGGAGCCUGUUCCCAGAGGCCCUGUGUUGUGGGAAGUUCGAGCGGAGCCAUGGGCCACCUGGGUGCCCCUCCUGUGCUUUGUGCUUCACGUCAUUUCCUGGCUCCUCAUCUUCAGCAUCCUUCUCGUCUUUGACUACGCAGAGCUCAUGGGCCUCAAACAGGUGUACUACCAUGUGCUGGGGCUAGGGGAACCUCUGGCCCUGAAGUCUCCCCGGGCUCUGAGACUCUUCUCCCACCUGCGCCACCCAGUGUGUGUGGAGCUGCUGACAGUGCUGUGGGUGGUGCCCACCUUGGGCACUGAUCGGCUUCUCCUUGCUCUCCUCCUUACCCUGUACCUGGGCCUGGCUCAUGGACUUGAUCAGCAAGACCUAAGCUACCUCCGGGCCCAACUGCAAAGAAAACUGCACCUGCUCUCUCGGCCCCAGGAGGGUGAGGCCUAGUAAGGAGCUAACCAUGGUUUCAAGCCCUGUACUUCUUCCCCUCAGAAUUCAAAUCCCUUGACAUCCAGGUCUUGGCUGCUUCAGACCAGAGGCCCAAAUCUAUGGACCAAAGGGACAGUCCCAUCCACUCCACUCCCUGGGUCUGUCUCCAUACUCUAAAUUCUGAGUUUCAGGACUUCAAGGUCCACUGCUUACCAACCAGGAAGAGAGGGUGGGGAAUUUAUAGGUCUUCUCACAGUGUCGGGCUGACAUCCCUUCUCCAACCACCUCAAACAGAGAAGGGUCCAGCCUGAUCACUCCCGUGACAGUUACUCGUCUCUGCACCCCAAGGAUCCCCUUCUCCAGGUCUAACUUGCGCUUUGAGGAGCUGUACUGGGGUCUGUAAGUUUGACAGUAGUGGCAGCCCUUCCAGGUUCCAUACCUCCGCCAUUCCCACUGGCUGGCCUCUUCACCUCUUUAGGCCCCGCGCCUGGAUUCGGUCCUUGAACUUAGUUGAGAGGAUUCUCCAGCUCUUUAUUUGAAUGAUUAAGGGCUCCCUGCUCUCCCGAAGAACACACGCAGCUGGAAAAUAAAUUUCAGCCUGGUUUUUCUACA